GCUGACGCACGAUGCCGGGACGGAUGAGUCCGAGAAAGCGACCGGGGGAGCGCCGGGUGUGACCCGCCGCAACAGGAAUCAUGGUGAACAGAAUGAAUCAGUGGUUGUGAACCCUUAACCCCCUCCUCGGAAGGACCAUCACCCUGUCUCAUGUGAAAGAGACAUGCAUGCAGCAGUGACUGAAGUUGCACUGAUCUGUACAUCCUUCAAAGGACGUCGACAUGGCACCUAGCUGUUAGCUAACGUUAGCUCCAGAAGAUGGCGCUAACGCCCGAGCGGCCGUAAAACCCUAAAGACGAAGAAGAAGCCGCCGCUUCCUCCUCCCGUCGCUACUCUCACGCCGUCGUGUUGACGUUCUGGUACUCGGGAGAGUCUCACAGGGAAGCUGUGAGAGAUGAACAGCGAAAACUUCAGCCUGAGUGAGAAGAUCGUGUCCACCUCUUACAUCCGACAGGGGAGCCAGGCGCGCCGGGGCCAUGAGCAGCUCAUCAGACGCUUACUGGAGCAGGGGAAGUGUCCAGAGGAAGGGUGGACUGAGAGCACCAUAGAGCUCUUCCUGAGUGAGCUGGCCCUGAUGGACAGCAAUAACUUCCUCGGCAACUGCGGCGUAGGAGAGAGGGAGGGCCGGGUGGCGUCCAGCCUUGUGGCGAGACGAAAUUACAGGUUGAUCCAUGGCAUAGGUCGGUCAGGUGACAUUGCUGCUAUUCAGCCCAAAGCUGCAGGAUCCAGUCUGCUAAACAAGCUCACCAAUUCGGUGGUGUUGGACAUCUUAAAGCUCACAGGUGUGCGGAGUGUGGCGAGCUGCUUUGUAGUUCCCAUGGCAACAGGGAUGAGCUUGACUCUGUGCUUCCUGACUCUUCGCCACCGAAGACCCAAAGCACGUUACAUCAUCUGGCCCCGCAUCGACCAGAAGUCCUGCUUCAAAGCCAUGAUCACAGCAGGCUUCGAACCGGUGGUGGUGGAGAAUGUUCUUGAGGGCGAUGAGUUGCGGACAGACGUGGAAGCGGUUGAACGCAAGAUCGAAGAACUCGGAGCCGAGAACGUCUUGUGUGUUCAUUCGACAACGUCCUGCUUUGCCCCGCGUGUCCCCGACAGGCUUGAGGAACUGGCUUCUCUGUGUGCAAAACAUAAUAUUCCCCACAUAGUUAACAAUGCAUACGGAGUCCAGUCGUCCAAAUGCAUGCACCUUAUACAGCAGGGGGCUCGUAUCGGAAGAAUCGACGCCUUUGUACAAAGUUUGGACAAGAACUUCAUGGUUCCAGUAGGUGGCGCCAUUAUCGCGGGUUUUGAUGAGUCCUUCAUACAGGAGAUAAGCAAGAUGUACCCAGGUCGAGCGUCCGCCGCGCCUUCUCUGGACGUCCUCAUUACCCUUCUCACUCUGGGAGCCAGCGGCUACAAGAAACUCCUCUCGGAGCGAAAGGAGAUUUAUUUGUUCCUGUCCCAGGAGCUGAAGAGUCUAGCCUCAGCACACGGGGAGAGAUUGCUUCACACCCCACAUAACCCCAUUUCACUGGCCAUGUCUCUGGACGGUCUCCAGGCCGAGAGCGACAAGGCGGUGACUCAGCUGGGCUCCAUGCUGUUCACCCGCCAAGUGUCAGGAGCCAGGGUGAUCCCGCUGGGUAAAGAGCAGACCAUAAGUGGGCACAGGUUCCUCGGCUUCAUGUCCCACUCUGAGGCUUACCCCUGUCCCUACCUUAACGCCGCCUCCGCUGUCGGCAUCACCCGGGAGGACGUGACACUGUGCAUCAAGAGGCUCGACAAGUGCCUCAAGACCCUGAAGAAAGAGGGAAAUGCAGCGCAAAGUAGCUCCCCGGCGGAGCCAUCGAGCCAGGGGGACCCAACCGGAGAGAGUGACGGACGGAGCUGAAAUCGGAACCCGGGUGUGAUUUCUUCUUCUGAGCCUUCUGCUGCCUCUUCUUUAAUUCUUACCCUGAUUUGAGCCGUGUAUGUGUGUGUGUGUGUGUGUGUGUGCGCGCGCGUCCACGAGUGGCUCUCGCUGACGGACUAUCAAUCCGGACAUUGUAAUAAGGUCAAAGCCUCGAGCUCAGCGCGCAACAGCUGGCGCCGGUGUUCGUUACAAACCAAAGUGAGAAUCGCUGAGGUCACUGAUUCAUUUUCUGCUCGGUGAAGGUGUGUCAGCAGAUAAUGGAAGGACACACGCUGCACACGAAUGCUUGGUGGGAACAUGUAGUUCACAAAGCUAAACCAAAGUGUCUGCGAAAACCUCUGCGCAACUAAAUUGUGUAUUUUGGACUGAAAAUAGAAUAUGGAUAAAUUAUGUAAAAAACGGCCUCUACUUCGGGUGUGUCUUUUCUCUUAAUUAAACCUUUUUUUGCCUGCCGUUGUAAGCUGAAACAUAAAAGAAAGUAGCCUGUCCUGCCGUGUGAAAACAAUGCUAGAAUGUGACUAAUUGUGAUUCCCUCGCUCGUGUCAGGCAGCGAGUUCAUGUGCGUUCUGGUUUGAGAAAGCAUCAGGCCGCUCUUCCACCCACUAAUAUGUGAAACAAUAUAGCCUUAUGAUGUAUGUUGUGCCAUGUCCUCUGCAGUGUGGUGUAAUGAGAUACCGAAGCCGUUGAGCCAUUAUCUCCAUUUGAAGCCUGUCCAUUGGAUCGGCUCAUUUACUUUCAGGCUGCGGAAGCCAUGGCAAAGGAUCACAUAAUCAAUGAAGUACACCAAAUAUAGAUCUACCCUGUUUGAUAAUAGAAAUGUUUACCCAACCAGUACCGUAUACAGCAUGAACCAUUUAAGAGAGAUGCUAUUAAAUGUUAUACGGUAGUAUUUUACUGUUAAACGGAGUAGGAUGGAUUUGGAUUUCAGUCAGAAUAGAAUCCAUCUUUAAUCUUUUUUGGUCAUACUGCUGCACUCCAAUCCUACUCAUUCGUAAGCGGCGCAGGUGGUGCCCCGAGGCACAAGAAAUCAACUCCUACUGAAGUCUCGCUGACUGCGGUAUUCCUACACUGCGCCCGCUCCUUCAUCUGCUGCCCAUUAUCAAGGUUGAUUGUUGUUUGAAAGCUCAGGACACGCCAAGUCGGUUACCUCUGCCACGCUCUGGUCGUUCAUAUACCGGCGCAUUAGCCAAAACUGGAACUUCCAGCUGCUGUGGUCGUCGCGAGGUCUGGGCCUUUUAGUUCCUCCUCAAACGCAUGGUCUGCAUGCGUGUAGCAGCAAAAGAAACAGCCAUCCAAUC